UUUGGUUGAUUUGAUUGCUAAAAUUUUACGAAGGAAAAUAAUCGUGUACUCUGAAAUUCCCCUGUGCACAAAUGAGUUUUCUCCUUUCUUUUGAGUUCUAUUUCAUAUUUUGUGAAAAACCUUGUUCUUAAUAAGGAUUUUUAACGUCAUAGUCGUUAUGGUUAAUUGAUUGUAAUUUCCGAGUUUGAAUUUGAAAGAAGAUGGCGGAAGUGGAUCCAGAAACAUUAUUGGAAUGGUUGCUGACUGGGCAAGGGGAUGAAAGGGAUAUGCAACUUAUUGCAUUAGAACAACUAUGUAUGCUACUGCUUAUGUCAGAUAAUGUCGACAGAUGCUUUGAAAGCUGUCCUCCUCGAACAUUUCUCCCAGCUCUAUGCAAAAUAUUUCUAGAUGAAUGUGCACCAGAUAAUGUUUUAGAAGUAACAGCAAGAGCUAUCACUUACUAUCUGGAUGUUUCUGCUGAAUGUACUAGACGUAUUGUAGCUAUAGAAGGUGCUAUCAAAGCUAUUUGCAAUAGACUACUCACUGUUGAUCCAAAUAAUCGCACAAGUAAAGACCUUGCUGAACAAUGUAUCAAGGUUUUGGAAUUGGUGUGCACACGAGAAGCGGGUGCAGUGUGGGAAGGCGGUGGCUUACCAGCAGUGCUGCACUUUAUCACACACUAUGGUACAUCUGUCCAUAAAGAUACUCUACAUUCUGCUAUGGCUGUAGUCUCAAGGGUGUGUGGUAAAAUGGAGCCGGGUGACGAGCGUGUCGGCGACGCGGUGUCAUCUCUGUCGGCGCUGCUGCGGCACAGUGACGCGCGCGUGGCGGACGCUGCGUUGCGCUGCUUCGCCUCGCUCGCUGACCGCUUUGCGCGCGCGCACGCCGACCCCGCACCUUUAGCUGAACAUGGUUUGAUUGAGGAAUUGGUGCGAAGGCUCGGUAGCACAGAGACGAGCGAUGACAAAUGCUUGGUGCCCUCCGUGUCCACCACGGUUAGCCUCCUGUCGACCCUGUGCCGUGGAUCCGCACAGAUAACUCAUGACCUGGUGCGCUUGGACCUGUGCUCGGCGAUAGAGGCGGCGGUGCAAGCAGACGAACGUUGGUGCUUGGAGUGCAUGCGCCUCGUCGAUCUGCUGCUCGUCCUCCUCUGUGAAGGCAGACAUGCCAUACAAACUGGGACCAGUCGCACGGGCAACUCGGUGACGGGGUCGAGCAGUGGCGCUAGUGGCGAGGGAUCGAGCGGUAGCGGCAGCGCCGGCGGUGGAGGGGCGCGCGGGGACAAGUCGCACCGCCAGCUCAUCGACUGCAUCCGCGGCAAGGACACCGACGCCCUGCUCGCCGCAGUCUCCAGCGGCGCCGUCGAUGUCAACUUCACCGACGACGUCGGACAGACGCUGCUCAACUGGGCCGCCGCCUUCGGCACCAGGGAAAUGGUUGAGUUCCUCUGCGAGAAAGGCGCGGACGUAAAUCGUGGUCAGCGCAGUUCGUCGCUGCACUACGCGGCGUGUUUCGGCAGGCCCGCCAUUGCCAAGGUUUUGCUGCGGUACGGCGCCAACGCAGACCUGCGCGACGAGGACGGCAAGACGCCGCUAGACAAGGCCAGAGAGAGACACGAUCAAGGGCACCGAGAGGUGGCGGCAAUCUUGCAGUGCCCCGGCGAGUGGCUCGUAGUCAGCAACCACGACUCGCCCGCCUCCUCCAACGACGACGACUUCCCCGAAACUGGCGACAAGGAGAUGGCCGCGAUUUAUCUCGAACGGCUGGUGCCGGUGUUCUGCGCGCGGUACCUGGGCGCGGGUGGCGCGGGCGUGCGGCGCGCCUGCCUGUCGCUGGUGCGUAAGAUGGUGCACUACGCGCCCGCCAAGCUGCUGCGCGACCUCUCCACGCCGCGCGCCGCCGCGCUCCUGACACACCUCAUCGCCAAUGUGCUCGACAACCAGGACGACGACGACGGGCAUCUGAUCGUGCUGGGCAUCGCCGAGGAGCUGAUGGUGAAAGCGGCCGACAUCUACCUGGAGCAGUUCGCACGGCUCGGCGUCUUCAGCAAGGUGGAGGCGCUGGCCGCCGUGCCCGCGCAGCCCGCGCAACACCUCGCUGCCGAUGGAGAAACUCUCAUCGCCGGUCGUGGCGAGGACGCGGCGUCGCUAUGUAGCGGCGUGGCGUACAGUUGGGGCGAGUGGGCGCUGUGCCGCGGCCGAGACGCGCUUUACGCCUGGAGCGACGCCGCCGCGCUCGAACUCAGCACCGGCAGCAACGGCUGGUUCAGGUUCCUGCUCGACGGCAAGCUCGCCACCAUGUACUCCAGCGGCAGCCCCGAGCACCAGACCGACAACACAGAGAAUCGUGGUGAAUUUAUUGACAAAUUACAAAGAGCUAGAGCUUCUGUGAAGAAUUCAGUACCUCAGCCUAUUCUUUCAAAACCAGGACCUGCCAAACUUGUACUUGGAAAUUGGACUCUAUCCUGCAAAAAGGAGAAGGAACUUCUUAUCCACAAUACAGAUGGCCAGCAACAGACAACAAUACUUCGUGAAGAUUUACCUGGAUUUAUAUUUGAAUCUAAUAGAGGAACCAAGCACUCUUUUACAGCGGAAACAUUUUUAGGCCCAGAACUAUCGAGUGGCUGGGUGGAUCGAAGACCAGUUGUGGUUAACAACGGAAACACCGGCCAAAAUCGGUCUCGCCUUUCCGCAAAAACUGAAGCACAAAAAACUCAGGUGUCGGAGCGUGCGCGUGCGCUAUACACGCGCCAUCUGUCGAGCGCAGCGACGCGGCAGCCGCGCCCGCCUGUCGCGCGCCUCCGCGCUCUCCUCGCCCGCCUGCAACGUCUCGCCACGCACGCCACUGGCGAAUGGCAGCAGGAAUUAAAAGAAUCGUUGGAUCAAUUGUCGGAGUUAUUGUGCGGCGAUGAACUACUUUCCGCUUACGAGCUGCAGUCGUCGGGGCUAGCACCGGCUUUGCUGCACGUGUUGUCUCAGCAACAAAAUGACACGCCAGGCCAGCAGUUGGAGCGUGAGCGCGUGCUGCGCGAGUGGCUGACGCGCAACGAGUGUGCUGCGGGUGCGGCGCUGGCGGCGCGGCUCGUGGGUGUGCUGGAGAGCGUGGAGCGGCUACCCGUACUCGCUCCCGCCACUGACGUGCCCGCUCCUGCCGCCGGAUCACUGCACCAUCUCGCCAAGCGUAUCAGACUUCGCGUGGAACGUGCGAGCGAAGAGGCAGCGGAGGAGAGCGGCGGCAGUAGUAACAACGCCGGCAGGAACCUGAAGGUGGAGGCGCUCACCACCGUGCGCCAGCUCGAGCGCUUUCUCGCCAAGUCCGUUGCGCGCCAAUGGUACGACAUGGAGCGCUCCACCUUCACAUUCGUGCAGAAGAUCAAAGCGGAAGCCCCUAUUAACUUCGUUUAUGAUCAUGACUUCGAUGAAAACGGCGUAAUAUACUUCAUCGGUAGUAACGCCGGUACCUGCGAGUGGGUGAACCCCGGUGCGCACGGGCUGGUCAGUGUGUGGUCGUCGGACGGGCGACAGCUCCCUUACGGCCGCGCAGAGGACGCGCUCUCGCGCUCUCCGGAACCUCUCAACGUUCACACAAACGACGACAGGCGAGCCUUCAUCGCGGUCGACCUCGGACUAAAUAUCAUCCCUUCGGCCUAUACUCUGCGCCAUGCACGUGGCUACGGCCGUUCAGCUCUGCGCAAUUGGCUGUUCCAAAUGUCUAUGGACGGUGUGACGUGGAGCACACUGGCGGCACACAGCGACGAACAGGCGCUGCAGGAGCCGGGCAGCACGGCCACGUGGCGGCUGCGCGCCGACGCCGCCUACCGCUACCUGCGCGUCCAGCAGAAUGGCAAGAAUGCCAGCGGACAGAGUCACUACCUAUCUCUGUCAGGGUUCGAAAUCUACGGAAAGGUCGUGAGCGUGAUCGAGAGUCCGCCGCGUCAGUGCGCGGGAUCGGGCGCUGCGGCGACCACCGGCGCGGCUGCGGGCGUGGCUGCGGGCGUGGCUGCGGGCGUGGCUGCGGGCGCGGCGACAGGCGGGGGUUGUGUAGCACGCGCCAGGCGCUGGUCGCGAGGCGCGCGCGGUCUGUGCGUGGGCGCGCGCGUCAUGCGCGGGGUCGACUGGAAGUGGCGCGACCAGGACGGGCCGCACCCCGCCCUCGGAACUGUUACAUCUGAUUUACACAACGGUUGGGUUGACGUCAGGUGGGACCACGGCGGGCGCAACUCGUACCGCAUGGGCGCGGAGGGCAAGUUCGACCUGAAGGUGGUGAGUGGAGGCGCGGGCGGGGCAGGCGCGGCGCUGGCCGGCGGCGCGGGCGCCAGUGAGUCGCGCGCCGGCCGCAAGAGCCACUCCACGCCCAGUCUGCCGGACGCCACUGCCGUUGACCACCAGAUGUCUGUAGCAUCAACGGAACAGGCGUCGUCUGCGGACAACAUAUCCGGCGAGGAGAUGCUCAGCAACAUGUCGCGGCCGAGGAUGCACGCCACCGAGGACGUCUCGGCUAUCAAUAAUUCCUCGCAUCAUAUUAAUACUGAUCUAGCAACCAUAGUGGAGUCUUUAACACUUGGAGCUGAAGGAAACAAUUGCUUAGCAGACUUGGGCAAUGCGUCGUUCACUAACAUGGAAAUGGGACCCGCAAGCAUUACAGAUAUAACCAAACCGUAUCCAGCCAAGGAACCGCUGCCAGAGGCAAAUACACAAGAGGAGAGCGAUGUGCGUAGUAACGAAGGUGACGCGAUGCGCAACAGCGCCAAUGCCUUGCUGUCGAGCGAGUUGCUCGCGCUGCCGGCCUCGCUGCUGCACACGCUGCGCAACAAUGCCAACAGGCUGCACAUACAGUGUGAGGAUAAUGAGAGCGGCGAGGGACAGUUCAGCGAGCACAAGAAAGACAACCAAGCUUCAAGCACCGGCGCCAUGAGCGCCAGCGAGCCCGACCUUACCCAACAAGGCGCGGCUCGUCUGCUGGAGUCGCUGGGCGUGGCGCGCGCGGCCGUCGUGCGCUCGACAGCGCCCCAGCGCAGCGCACGACAUAACCACGGCGGCGGCCUCUUCCCCGGGUUGGUGCGCCUGGCGCUCUCCAGCAACUUCCCCGGCGGGUUGUUGUCGGCGGCGCAGAGCUACCCCUCGCUGGCGCCCAACGCGCAGAACGCCCUCACGCUAUCGCUCACCUCCACCUCCAGCGAGAGUGAACAGGUGUCAUUGGAAGAUUUUCUGGAGUCGUGUCGCGCUCCGGCUCUGCUGACAGAGCUGGAAGACGAUGAUGAAGGUGACGACGCGCUCGACAGCGAUAAAGAGAACGACCCAACUUAUCAAGAGGUGUCCCGCAACCUGCUGUCGUUGAUGGAGGAGGAGGCGCUGGAGGCGGUGCGCAGCGCAGGCGGCGCUGGGGGCGCAGGCGGGCGCUCGCGUAAGCCCUGGGACGACGACUUCGUGCUCAAGCGCCAGUUCUCCGCGCUCAUACCGGCCUUCGACCCUCGCCCCGGCAGGACCAAUCUCAACCAAACUGUCGAUCUGGAUAUUCCGCUGAACGAGGACUCGGACGCGGAGGAUAGUUCGGAGGAGACGAACGGCAACGUGGUGAAGGAGAGCGCGCGUCUGCCGGCGCUGCGGCUGGUGCUGAGCGCGGGGGGCGCGGCGCUGCCCCUGCGACGUCCGUCCUGGACUCUGCAUCGCGCCGCGCUCGCGCUGCACGCCAAGCUGCCUCAUCUACACCACCACGACACGCACCGCGACGCCACAUACACGUUGACCUACAAAGAAAUCGAAGGAGGGGAUACUUUUGCGUCGUCGAGCGAUAGUGAAGAUGAUGAACCAUGUGAUCCAGAGCUUGGCAUAGCGUGCUGCGAGGGCGCAGAGGGCGCCAUGGUGACGUGCUGCGUGCGCGUGCUGCGGCGCCUGCGCAGCGCUGCGCCCGAGCUCCCCGCGCACGCCUUCCUCUCCACCAAGCUCACCAAUAAGCUGCACCAGCAACUCCAGGACCCCCUCACGCUGGCCUCCGGCGCUGCCCCGCAAUGGUGUCAGCAGCUUAAUGACUGGUGUCCGUUCCUGUUCCCGCUGGAGACGCGACAAAUGUUCUUCGCUUGUACCGCGUUUGGUACUUCCCGUACUAUUGUGUGGCUUCAGGCGCAACGAGAUCGUGCUUUGGACCGACAAAGGGCGGGUAACACGGUGUCGCCGCGGCGUGCGGAUAUCGAGGCGACGGAGUUCCGCACGGGCCGUCUGCGUCACGAGCGCGUCCGCAUUCCGCGACACCCCAACCUAUUGCGCUCCGCUAUGCAGGUGAUGCGCGUGCACGCGUCGCGCAAGUCGGUGCUAGAGGUGGAGUUCGCGGGCGAGGAGGGCACGGGGCUGGGACCCACGCUGGAGUUCUACGCGCUGGUGGCGGCCGAGCUGCAGCGUGCCGACCUGCACAUGUGGCUGUGUGACGACGCCGCCCCCGCCCCGCCGCGCGACACAGACUCGCGAGACCUCUCCCUGUUCGACGAAAAACCACCGGGAUACUACGUGUUGCGAGCCGGUGGUCUGUUCCCUGUCACUCUUCCUCAAGAUUCUCCUGCCUGUGAUAAAGUUUGCAAAUAUUUUUGGUUCCUAGGAGUAUUUUUAGCUAAGGUGCUACAAGAUGGCCGGCUUGUAGACUUGCCGCUGUCGGAGCCCUUCUUGCGUCUUAUGUGCGGUGAAGAGUUAACAGCCGAACAUGUGGAAGAAAUUGAUCCCAUCAGACACAGGUUCCUAGGUCAGUUGCUGGAGGCGGCGGACGAGUACGAUGCGAUAAUGUCGGACGCGUCGCUGGAGGAGGAGGAGAGGUCGCGGCGAGUGCAGAACAUCACGGUGGAGGGCGCCACCUUCGAUCAGCUGGCGAUGAGCAUGGCGCACGUGGCCGCGCACGUCGCCCCCGCGCUCGCCCUGCAGCCGCUCUGCGACGGCGGGGAACACAUCGAGGUGGGUGCGUGGAACGCGCGCCAGUACGCGGAGUGGACGGCGCGGUGGAUGGUGCGCGAGGGCGUGCGACGUCAGAUGGCGGCAUUCCGCGCUGGCUUCGGCGCCGUGUUCCCGGCGCGGCGGCUGCGCGCCUUCUCGCCCGACGAGCUGCGUCUGUUGCUGUGCGGAGAGCGCGGCCCAGACUGGACGCGGGAACACCUGCUGCAGUACACCGAGCCCAAGCUCGGAUACACGCGCGACAGUCCCGGGUUCCUGCGGCUGGUGGAGGUGCUGGUGGAGAUGUCGGUGCCCGAGCGCAAGGCGUUCUUGCAAUUCGCCACCGGCUGUAGCACCCUUCCGCCCGGCGGCCUCGCCAAUCUGCACCCCCGCCUCACCGUCGUGCGCAAGGUGGACGCGGGAGAUGGUUCUUAUCCGUCAGUGAACACGUGUGUUCACUAUCUGAAGCUGCCGGAGUACUCGUGCAAGGAGGUGCUGCGCGAGCGUCUGCUCGCCGCAACCAACGAACGCGGCUUCCAUCUCAACUGAUUGUCACCGACAUUGUCACAGACACUAUAUCGCCAAAACCUUAUUAUAAUAGCUUCUUAUUACACUAUAGAGCGAUUACUCGUAAAACAGGGCGAUAGCAUGAAAAUUAAAAGAAAUGUUUCCGUAAAACAAUGCUCGUCCGCUUCAUGAGGAAUACCUCUAUGAGAGACACAGGCUGCAGUUAAAUACAUAAUUCAAUUAAAUCGUGCACAUUUUGCUCCGCGCUAUAACUACACUAAACUAAUUUUAUAUUUAGCGUAACAUAGAAUAUUCUCGUAUGUUUUAGUGAUAUGAAUAGCGAAGACGAAAUAUUAACCGUUUCAUAUUAUAAUCUUAUAUAAGUCGUAUGUUAUUCGAUAUAGAGUAAAAUGGAACCUUUUAUUAGUUAACUAACAGUUUAUUUAUAUAUCAAUUUUAACAUUCAAAUAUUAUAUUAUGUAAGCGUAAUUUUCAGAUAGCCAAAAAUAUGUUUUACUCGAUUGGUGAGAAAGGAAAGGCUGUAGAAAGGCCUCUGUGAAAAACAAGAAAAAAAUGUGAUUUAUUUAUCUUUUUGUGAUUUGGUUUGCAAUAUGGGGCAGUGACCCAAAGUAAAUAAAACAAUAUUUUAUAUUUAGUUUGUUUGAAAUACAUCUAUAUAGUGUUCGUAAAGUGUUUGUCUGUUUAUAGCUAUAUAUCGAGAUGCUUUCGCAUUGUAUAUUGGGAUAUGGGAAUGUGGGAGCGUUGGCCGCCUUCUAGUUUUAGUUCAAUGUUAAUUAUGAAAAUUAAAAGUAUUUACUCUUUUAAUAUAAACAGACUUAUCAUUGGUGUUUUUAGAGUUAUAAAAAAGCUAAUAAUGUUUACUUAUUAAUGAUUUCGAAAUGAAAU